GAUUGCUGAUGGUCUUUUUUAACUUCUUUGAUGGGUUGCGAGUGUAGGCAUUACAAUUUCUAAAACAACUUGGAGAAGCUAUGCAUUCUGUGCACUUAGAAAGGAAUGGCAAGACAAAUCUACAGUUAGUGUAUGUAAUAGGUCCACCACGUACAGAUAAGCUGAUUUUGGACCAAAGGAUUUACAAGCCCUGAGUGAUGCUGUAGAUGGUUUCUCUCUUAUGACGUAUGACUAUUCAAGUCCUUAUAAUCCAGGUCCCAAUUCACCUCUGAAGUGGAUACGCUCGACAUUACAUCUUCUUGCUGGAGCUGGUAGCAAAGGUAGGAGAUUGGCUGAAAAGAUCUUUGUCGGGAUCAACUUCUAUGGCAAUGAUUUUGUCCUGUCAAAAGGUUUAGGUGGGGGGCCUAUCAUAUCACACGAAUAUCUCUCUUUGUUGGAGCAACACAAGCCUGUAAUUCAGUGGGAGGAGGACAGUGCUGAGCAUUUCUUCUUGUAUUCUGACAAUCAGCAAGUCCAGCAAGUUCAUGUAUAUUUUGCUCUGUCCGAGUUUUUUAACACUAACCAUCAGCAAAUGCAGUUCAAACAUGAGGUUAACAAAAUCUCAAGCCCUAUAAAUAUAAAUUGAU